AUGAACGACGAAAACAGCAGGGAUCGUGUUUCAGUUGCAUUACCGCUGAGCAGCAUCAACCGGUAUGUGGACAAGGCGUGCGAGACGAGCCGGUGCCUCACUGAGGUGGAGGAGGUUUAUUAUGCGGGCCACGUCUUUGAGUGCGCCGUCGAAACAGCUGAGAACGCUCGUUUCGACUUUCUGGCGUUCGUCUUGCAAACGACUGCUAUCAACAGUGCUCCUCAUGAAGUGAAGAUUACUGUUUGCGACGCGGUGGUAGAUCGAGCCAGCUGUUCGUGCAAAGCAGGAAAAUACAAGUGUAAACACAUUGUAGCUGUACUGCUGCAUAUUAAUGCUGCCAGGACUUUCGACAAGCUCUCGCCAACUGACCAGCCACAGAAGUGGGGCAAGGAGCACAAAGAGCGUGUUAAACAAAAGUAUGAGCCAAGAGCUAUAGUCGACCUUCCAUGUGCAAAGAAGGCAAAAAUCAACAAGGCUCCCCAGCUGGAAGGCAACAUACUUGAAAGACUUCUGGAGAAUGUCAGCUAUCAAUCUGCAGCAAAAAUGCACUUAGACAGAGGUACUGAAUUAACCAUGUUGGAGCCAACCAUAGAACCAAGAUGUUCCACUUCUGAGCCAGCACCCAGAGACUUAACACUCAUUGGUUCUUUGAAGGGGUUAAGAAGUUUUCUUGGCAUCAGUGGUGAAGUGACAACAGAAGAGCUACUUGAACACUUGCAGGAAAGCAAGAGUCACGAAGACAUAGUGAUCGAAAAUUUAACACGAGAUCAGGCAAAAUCUAGUCUGUGGUUGCGCCACAGGGUAGGCAUGAUCACAGCUUCUAUUGCCUACAGCAUAUUUACCCGUGUAAAGACGUUGAGGAAUAAGAUGGGCCCACAUGAUUUGAGACCCUUGCUAAAGAACGUGAUGCGGCAGAAUAAUGUCCGUACAGCAACAAUGUGUCGUGGCAGUGCACUCAAAGGCAGCGCAAGAAAAUGUCAUCAAAGCCAGCGAGCCACUCAGGAGAAUUUCGUUGUGAGGCAGUGUAGACUUUUCAUUAUGGAAGGCCGUCCUUACAUGGGUGCGAGUCCAGAUGGAUUAGUAAAGUGCAACUGUUGUGCUGAGCGGGAACUGGAAAUCAAAUGCCCUGAAUCCAUGAAAAAAUUCUUGGAAGAGAAUAUGGAGAAAAACAAAGAAAAGGCUUUGACUCAGAACCUAAAGCGUGCAACCACAUAUUUCUGCAAAGUGCGGGUACAAAUGGGCAUCACGGAAGUUCAGCAUGCACAUUUGUUUGUGUUUGUCAGGGAAGAAGAUAAUAUUUGCAUUCCAGUGCUAUUUGAUGAGGCAUAUUUCAGCGAUUUGGCUGAAGGAUCUUCCUAUUUCUUUGAGCAGUACAUACUGCCACAUGUUCUUUUUACAUGAACUGCCUUGUUUCAGUUGCACAUGCAAUUUUUUAUGCAUUGCACAUAACCAAACUACAGCCUGCCUUUUUAAGGCACAAAUGACUGAUAUAUGAGGUUUAACAUUCCAACGUAACAAAAGGCUUAUUAGGGAUGAUGUCGGGGGACGUUUUACAUCAAUAUUAGGUUUGCUACAACGUGACUAAAGCUUGGUAUAUAAGCAUUUUGCUUAUUUUUUGCUCUCCCAGUAGGAACAGAACCGAGAAAGAACCUGCGACUUCAUGUUCAGCAACAGAAUGCCAUUGCCAAGUUAACUAAAUACAUAAAAAAAUUGUAUGUGCAAUCAGAGAAAGCACUCCUAGAACGUUUGGAGACAUCUGCAGUUUGAGGGCUUUUACUGAUGUUCAGUGCAGUCCACUGUUAAAGGGAACAAUGAAAUGUGCGGCCCUUGCUUGGCUGGCAACCUAGCUGCAUGUGGCUGCGGAAGCAAUCUUAGUGCACUUCACAGGUGUGUCGAAAGGGGUGAGAGCUAACAACUAUAACUUAUCUGCUCCAAAUCUAGAUGAUUGUACUGCUUCUAGAAAGGAAAAUCUGGACAUGCUGUGCACUAAAGUGUUUCCUUUAACAGUGGACUCCUCUGUACAGUGAGCAAGAAAAUGCAAACACGGUAGCAUGCUGUAGCACAAAAAAAAUUGGCAUUAUGUCACUAUUAAAACACAUUUGUGUGUAAGCAGCUGAGUCGUGCAGUGGCUAGAGCAAUUUGUGAUGCAACCCUGAACCAUAACAGGCACUCGAAUGACAGACUAGGAAUCACAGGCAAUGCAUUUGUCUAUGUGGCAUUCUAUGCAUUUAAUUUUUGGGUCACUGCAUUAUGCGAUGCGACUGUGAUAUCGUAAAUAUAAUUGUGAUGUCUGAAACUCAUCCUCGGGAAUAACAGUAGUCAUUUGUGGUUUAAGUUCCAUGCCCAGCUUUCUACAAGGGUAUCCAAUCAUGCUUGUAUUUGCAUUUUGUGUUAAUUCACAUGGGCUUCCAUUGAUACACUGAUAAGUGCAAAGGCACCGUGUUAGAUGCUCUCAUUCUUUUGUCUACUGCUUAUGUGGUCAUGUCUGUGGGAUAUUUGGCUGAUACUGUGAUACUAUGGUAGCCAGAAAAUUGCUGAUCAUUACAGCAGGCGUAAAAAAUGGAGUUUUACAUGCCAAAACCACUUUCUGAUUAUGAGGCACGCCUACAGUAGGCGUCUGUAAUUUUCAAUAUUUUUUUUUCCGUUUUCGGCUGGUGUUUGUUUUGUGAUAUAGUUGGUAUGGCAACUAGCACGACUGUGUUGUGAAGAUGAACAAGUGCCUCAUGCAAUUAAAGUUUUGGCUUACUUGUGUUUUGUGAAGCAAUUGUGAUAUGAGAAUGCUAUAACUGUGAUAUCAGAAAGUCAUCCCAGGGAAUGACAGUAGUCACUUGUGGUUUAUAGUCCAUGCCUAGCUUUCUACGUGGGUAUCCAAUUAUGCUUAUAUGUACCUUUCGUGUUAACUCACAUGGGCUUCCAAUGAUACAAUGAUAAGUGCAAAGAUGCUUUCAAGAUGCUUUCAUUUUUUGUCUACUGCUUAUGUGGUCAUGUUUGUGGGAUAUUUGGCUGACGUUGUGAUACUAUGGUAUCCAGACAACUGCUGCUCAUUACAGUAGGCGUCUGUAGUUAUCAAUUUUUUUGUUCAUUUUCGGCUGGUGUUUGUUUUGUGAUAUAGUUGGUAUGGCAACUAGCACGACUGUGUUGUGAAGGCAAACAAGUGCCUCAUGUAAAUAAAUUUUUGGCUGACUGUGUUUUGUGAAGCAGCUGUGAUGUUAGAAUGCUAUAACUGUGUUAUCAGAAAGUCAUCCCAGGGAAUGACAGUAGUCACUUGUGGUUUAUGUUCCAUGCCCAGCUUUCUACGUGGGUAUCCAUCAUGCCUGUAUGUGCAUUUCGUGUUAACUCGCAUGGGCUUCCAUUGAUACAAGGAUGAUAAUUGCAAAGGCACCAUGUUACAAAGAUGUUCUCAUUUUUUUGUCUGCUGCUCAUGUGGUUAUGUUUGUGGUACAUUUGGUUGUUACUGAAAUACUAAUAUUAGGGCAGCCAGACAACUGUGGCACAGGACAGCAGGCAUAUGUAGUCUUACUUGUUUCGUUUCUGGCUGUUGUUUGUUUUGUAAUUGGCAUUAACUGGCAUUGCUGUGUUGUGAAGACAAACAAGUGCCUCACCCAGUUAAAUGUUUAGUUAGCUGCACACUUUAACACCACUGUGAUAGUGUAAGGGAUUAUAUCAGAAUGACACCAGAAAAGCAGUUUCCAUGAACAGUUCCUUUCUGGUUUGGCAAUUGCUUGGCUUGCUUCUGGCACUCGGGCCGUUUGUUUCCUGUGACAUAUAGGGUUUCUGUUAUUGUGGUAAAGAAAGAAUGCAAUUUUCAGGAGCACUACAUUUUCUAGUUCUGAUGUAUUGCCGCCUAUUUUGUCCAACUGUUAUACUAAAACAAAGAUAUGCUGACAAGCAUUACUGUGAUAUGUAGUGAUGUAACUGCAUUAUGAAACAGGACAACAGUGAAGAAUGCAGGCACACUGUUUUACGCAUUGCAUUUCUCAUAAAAUGUACAAACUUAGAUUGGCAUUAUUGAAAUAAAUGCAAGAGUCGUGCAUUUCUGGUGCUCAGGAAAAAUAAAGGUGGUGCUUCUUGACAAGAAGCACAAAAUCUGUUCUUCCAGUUUGCUUUACUAACCUAUCAGUAGUGGGCAGUAUUGAAAUAAAACUAAAAAAAUAAUAAAAGUAAAAGUAAUAUUCUUGCAUGCAUAUUAUUUUUCAAAGCAUACACCAUGAGUACUGCAUUUAAAGGCCUUCAGCUCCUGAAGCAGUUUUAUAGUAGCUACAAAAAUUAGGUGUUCGCACAUCGAAAAGUAUGCCACGAAGCAAAGGCUGAAAGGCAGUUCAUGCUAGAUGGUGUUUACUGUAUAGUAUCUUGUUGUACACAUUCUGCAAGCUCGUUGCCCAUUUUGUUGACAAGAUCACUGCAUUAUUGUAUCUUUAAAACAUAAGGAGAGGUUGCUACCAGAAUGUGCCAUACCAUGCAGUCUUUUUUACAUGAACAAGUGUGCUGCUUUUUGCCAUUAAUGUAACUGCCCAAGGUCUUUUUUACAGGUUUGACAGCGCAUGUUAUUGGUCCUGCUCUUCCUUUCGUGUUCUUGGCAGGGAAUAAAAAUAUUUACAAGCUAGCAGUAGUACUUACUAUGCCAAAUUCAAUGAACAACCUGAAAGCUGGUCACUUUUGGUACUUAUCUGUGCAUAUGUACUGCUACAACAAUACAGUAUGACAGACAUUUCCGUGUGUGCCUGUAUAAGCCUAAAUAACUACAGUCUCCACAAAACAUGUGCAGAAUGGCUCUCUUAAAAAAGAAAUGCUUUUUUUUACUACUCUAAAUCAUACAAACUAGAACUACGGACACUGCUGAUGGUAUUUUGUGCAUUUUUGGUGUUUGAUGACCACCACACUUGUUACAGCCAGAAAUUUUCCUUCCACACAGACUAUCCACU